AUGGCUUCCGCUGCUCCCCCAGCUGCUCCUAGCAGCACCUCAUUCAAGGACAAGGAGAAGCCUGUCGCCGUGCGGGCAUCCAACAUUCUCGCUGCCAGAGCGGUUUCCGAUGCAAUUAGAACGUCAUUGGGACCCAGGGGUAUGGACAAGAUGAUCCAAACGCCCAAAGGACACACAAUUAUCACCAACGAUGGAAACACGAUGUUGAGAGAUAUGAGCGUUAUGCACCCCGCUGCCCGUAUGCUAGUCGACCUCAGUGCUGCUCAAGAUGUUGAGGCUGGAGACGGAACAACAUCGGUUGUUGUGAUUGCCGGAAGUCUGCUGGCUGCGGCUGAGCGUCUGCUUGGAAAGGGUAUUCACCCUACUGUGAUCUCCGAGUCCUUCCAGAGAGCCGCUGCUGCUGCCGUUGAAAUUCUUCACAACAUGUCUCGACCGAUCAACCUGAUGGACCGUGCCACCCUCGUCCAAGCCGCGUCGACCUCGCUUUCCUCCAAGAUUGUGUCACAGCAUUCCAGCCUUCUCGGGCCGAUGGCCGUGGACUCCGUGCUGAAGGUGGUUGACCCUAAGACAGCAGAGAACGUGGACCUCAGGAACAUCAGAAUUGUCAAGAAGGUUGGCGGAACAAUUGAGGACAGUGCGAUGAUUGAUGGCUUGGUCCUGAACCAGGGGGUUAUCAAGAGCAGCGGUGGUCCCACGAGGAUUGAGAAGGCCCGGAUAGGAUUGAUUCAGUUCCAGCUCAGCCCGCCCAAACCUGAUAUGGAAAACCAGAUUGUUGUGAACGACUACCGCCAGAUGGACAAGAUCCUGAAGGAGGAGCGCCAGUACCUGCUCAACUUGGUCAAGAAGAUCCAGAAGACAAAGUGUAACGUCCUUCUGAUCCAAAAGUCCAUUCUCCGUGAUGCUGUGAACGACCUUUCUCUCCACUUCCUUUCCCGCCUCAAGAUUCUCGCCAUCAAGGACAUUGAACGUGACGAGGUCGAGUUCCUGUGCAAGAGCUUGGGCUGCAAGCCCGUCGCCAACGUCGACUCCUUCACAGAAGACAAGCUCGGCACCGCUGACCUGGUAGAGGAGGUACAGUCGUCUGGCGCUCGCUAUGUCAAGGUCACCGGCAUCAAGGCUCCCGCCAACGCGGUCAACCAAACCGUGUCUAUCGUCGCCCGCGGCGCCAACAACCUCAUCCUCGACGAAGCCGAGCGUUCUCUCCACGACGCUCUUUGUGUCAUUCGUUGCUUGGUGAAGAAGCGCGCCCUCAUCGCCGGUGGUGGUGCUCCUGAAAUCGAAGUCGCCAAUCUCCUUGCCAAGCGCUCCCGUGAAAUCACCGGCACAGAGUCCAUCUGCUGGAAGGCCUUCGCGGACGCCAUGGAGGUCAUCCCUACGACGCUCGCCGAGAACGCCGGUCUCAACUCUAUCAAGGUUGUCACAGAGCUCCGACACCGCCACGCCCAGGGCCAGCACAACGCUGGAGUCAGCAUCCGCAGCGGUGGUGUGAAGGACGACAUCACCGAGGAGAAUAUCCUGCAGCCCCUGCUUGUUAGCACCAGUGCGAUUGAGCUUGCGGCGGAGACGGUGAAGAUGAUCAUGAGAAUUGAUGACAUUGCCCUGUCGAGGUAA